GUCAGGCAGCCGGCGCGGGGUUUUUUAGCAAGUGCUGAAACCAUUAAGAACAUUAGCUUUUUUAUCGUACAGAAUAUAGAAUUUUUGUGGAAGAUAUUAUUAAGUAGUGAGAAGGUAAAGAAACAGAGACUUUGAAGAUAAAUAAAACGAGGUGCUAUUAGAAAACGUGUGUAUUCUAUUCUUCAAUCUACUGCAAGAUGAAACGAUUGAUUGCAAUGCUGGUGCUUGUCACGUUGACCCAGGCGCUCUCGAUUGACGAUAGCUCACUGGAUAUCAACAUCAACGUGGAGAAGAAUUCGAAUCUAUAUCAUCACGGACAGCUCCGGGAGGGUGCCUUCGAGUAUGGAUUGGACGUGGUGAAACAGUUGGACAAUCACUUCCAGCACAAGGUCAAGGGCCUGGACGGUGUUACGUACGGGUGCUACGGAUUCGUCGAUCCCGAUGGAAAGCCUCAUCUGGUGCACUACGUAUCCGAUCUGAAGGGAUACCGUGUGGUGCCACCGGAUCAUGCAACGAAAAUAUACGUUGCUCGGUUGGAGAAGAGCAUAACCAACGUAUAUCAAGCUUCGGUCGAAAAGGACGUCGAAUGGAAGGAUUUAUUUUUCCCACCGGCCUGCCGAACGUUGUUGGCAGAGCUGCAAAAAGUUGCUCGCCUAACAACCCCACGACCAACUACUCCACGACCCACAACAACUCCCCGUCCAACGACACCGCGGCCAACGACUGCCCGCACAACACCGCGCCCAACUACGACCGUUGCCCCUCCGGAGCCGGAGUUUGUCGAUUCCAGCAAUGUGCACGAAGCGUACGCCCCCUGCCAAGAAUCCGGCUCCUGCUCUCGGGUGUGCGAUGAGUUGAGAGGUGAACUGAGGGAAAUCAAGGCCAAACUAAAAGUACUAAUCGAUGCUGUGGCAGGGCAACAGCAGAGCAAGAGGACCCCGGUAGGCAAUGAAACCUAUGCCUAUUUUCCAGUUGUGUUGAGUGAUAGGCCACCGCAAGGUUUUGACGCCCGGUCUGGAAGGUAUGCGUUUCCGGUUUUUGCCCAGCAGCAGCAGUGCGGUAGGCAGUAGGAGGAUGAGAGGGAUUGUAAUGGGGAGGGAGUAAUUAUUUUAGGUGUAAUACGAGCGAUCGAUGAAUGUGAUGUCUAUUCUAGUUUCUAACUUAGCUGUUAGUGUAAUAUUCAUGAAAUAAAUUAUUAAGCUAGUAACUGAAGUGCCCAUUUGCAUUAUGCUGAUGACUUUAACAUUAAUUGCUAUUUUAAAGUGCAUUUACGUAUAGGAAGAGU